AUGUCAGUUGCUAAGGACAAGAAGACUUUAUGUAAAGAUUCCAAUUUUUUGAUAUGUGAGAGGCGGCCCGAGGGAGCGUCCCCGGGGCUGAGGGGUAAAAGGUCUCCCCCCGAGUCCUGCCACGGGACCGAGAAGAGGUUUAAAGGGAAAAGUGAACGGAACGUAUUCGAAAAGUAUUUCAUCGGCAAAGAAACAAAGAAGAAAUGGCUGUUAAUCACCAGUGAUGAGUUUCUGCGGCUGUUGCAACCUAUAUAUUUGCCUCUUGAUAAUCAGGUCACCAUCGCCAAUUUGACCGUCGACGGUGAAGCCGCCUCGCUGUGGGAGAGCUACCAGGUGUCCCAAAGCCACGGGAAGCGCCUCUUGAAGGUCGGACACUGGACAACUGCCCCGAGAUGCCCCGACGCGCAUCUAGACUGUCUUUCUCUCAGCGACGAGGCCGAGGAAGGCAAUCCUUCGUCAGGUGGUUCAACGCCAACUUCUGACGCGGCCGCUCCCCUGUCCAUCCCGAAGGAGGUUGGGACUGCUCAGGUGUCCAUGGCUUUUGGAGUCCUUCUUGCUCCGGUGGACGACCCUCUGCAGCGGAGGCACGACCUGACUGGGCUCCACCUGACGUGCACAACCAUUGAUUAUGACCCCCUGAUCGUCCUGGAGGAAGGGCCGGGUGGCGGCGUUCGCGUGGGCGGACUCCUGGGGAAGUUCUUUCUCACGCUCAAGGAAAUCACCAACUUCACGUAUGUAGCCCGAGUCGUAUAA